GUUGCAGCUGAGCCAAGAUGAAGGUCGUCGCUGUCCUUGCACUUUGGGUGACCCUGUUCCACCAGGGAUACAGCAACACCCUGGACUCGUGUGUGGGUCGGUGUGGUUUUGGAACAGACAGUAGUUUCACCUGUCAGUGUAACCCGUCCUGUGAGCGCUUCAAAGACUGUUGCUCUGACUACGCUGAAGUCUGCAAAGCUGGAGCCUUAUCAUGUAAAGGCAGAUGUGGUGAGAAAUACAACUCUCAAAACAAGUGCCACUGCAACUCCAAAUGCAGCCAGUACAACAACUGCUGCAGCGACUACGCAGACCUCUGUGACAGUGACGCGGGUGGUGGUGGUGGAGGCAGUGUGAUCAGUGAUGCUGAGAUCAAGGCUCUCUCUGAGACGCUCUACGCUCUGGAUUCCAACAAGGCUUCAGCCUCAGAGUUGAUCAUUGACCCUCAGGCUCUGGUGCCCAACUCUGAGACCAGCUCCAAGGACGAUCUCGCCUCUCAACCCUUGUUCCAGUACCUGAAUGAGGAGGCUCUGUUCUCCAGACCGACCUACGCUGCCCUCCUGGCUGUGCUGGACAACUACAACAGGAUGACAGGACAGACGGAGGACUUCAGUCCUCAGCAGCUGGCUGAGCAGGAAACCUUCCUCAAGGAGACCAUGUCCAACACUGAGCUGGGCAGAGAGCUGUUUGCUUUCCUCUACACUAAGGGCGUCUAUGCAUCAGAGGAGGAAUUUAUUCAGGACCUGAAGAUGAUGUGGUUCGGUCUGUACUCUCGCAACAAUAAGAAACUGGACUCCAGCGGCUUUGAACACAUUUUUGCAGGAGAAAUCAAAGGAGGAAAGGUGUCGGGUUUCCACAACUGGAUCCAGUUUUAUCUUCUGGAGAAAAGCGGAAAGCUGAACUACUACAGCCACAGCUUCAAUGGACCUUGGACUACCUACCCUGAUGUCAUGGGGAUGCAGUUCAUGUGGGAGGGCUACUACAAGCAGGUCGGCUCUGCAGUCAUCGGCUGCAGCCCUGAGUUUGACUUUGCCUUAUACAGCCUCUGCUACAUCGCUCGCCCUGGGAAACAGUGUCGUCUGAGCCUGGGAGGGAAGGAGCUCAUUAUCCAAACUUAUACCUGGGAUAAUUCUUUCUAUGGUGAUGGCAAGAAAUACAUCGGCUCUGCCUUUCCUGCAACCCCGAGGAACUGAAGCUGCCAUCUGCUAAAAAUUAAGCAACUUGCUUAUUGGGAGUCUGCUUGUUUUUCAUUACAUUCAUGAUGAAAACACUUUGAAUAAUAAUAUCCCAACUGAAGCACCUUUCGCAGUGAGACGUAUUUGUAAAUUUAAUUAAAGCUCCCAACUCAAAAAAAA